GGAAGGGUGUACCUGAACCGGAGUGUCACAGCAGCGUGCAGAUAUUUCAUUAGUCUUGUAGAGCUGUUGGCCUUUUCAGGAUGGGCAAGUGCAAGGGCUGUGGGAAGUUAGGAAGAAUGAGACCAAGGGAUGGAUCUAUGAGUGCUUAUGAAUUUUCUCUUCUGUUGUCUCCUGUUGUUUCUGUUUGGGAUUGCAUUGUUCGCAAGAUGAGGUACUCAUAUAGGCCUGAGUGGGUGUAGUUGUUUCGUUUGCAUCAACUGUGUAGCAUUAGUCUAAAUACUUCAACUAAUUAGAAUAUAUUUAGCAUUACAAUUUAGGGAAAGAGGGAAAAAAGUUAUAGAAAUAUGUAUACAGCACUAAAGAAUUUAUCUUGAAGGAAAAGGAGUUCAGAAAAGUUAAUUUAGUAUUUAGACGCAGUUAUAUUCUAUGGAUACCAUGGCAUGUAAUAAAGGGCAACAUGUGAGGAAGGCCAAGAAGAAGCAGGUGAAAGACGAGUUGGAUCGUCUCAAGCAGGCUGAGAAGAAAAAAAGGCGCUUGGAGAAAGCUCUCGCGACGUCUGCCGCCAUCAUUUCCGAAUUGGAGAAGAAGAAACAGAAGAAGAAAGAGGAACAACAAAGACUAGAUGAGGAGGGCGCUGCAAUUGCCGAGGCCGUUGCUCUGCAUGUUCUGCUCGGUGAAGACUCGGAGGAUUCGUGCAAGGUUGUUAUCAACGAUGAAACAUGCAAGACCUGGAACUGCGAUCGUAAUCUUGACAUCUUCGUGGGUGGAGAGAGAGCUUGCUUCCCUCAUCUAUACGGCGGCACAUGGUCUGUGGAAACAAGGGGUUGGGUCACUGAUGCAUACAGAUAUGGUUGCAAGUGGGGAGCUGCUGAAAAUGGAGGGUGGACAUUCUCAUCAGAGCCUCUCGGGAGGAAUGCACAUGAAAAACCACUAUAUGAAGAUGCAACAGGAUGGGGGCGCGCCGGUUUCUCCGCUGAUCUUAUCGCCGCACAAGCAGUUUCGUCGCUGCAGAUUGCUGAGGCUGAUGAGGAAAGGAUUAUCUUCUGAGGAAAGAAGGGAAUGCUGAGACUGAGAUGGUGAUAAUAUUAACCGUGUUGUUGUGUUUUUGUGCUUUUUUUAUUUUGCUGGAGAUGUGUGUAUAUAUUAUGACUAUACUAUGAGAGUCUUGUCAGAACAUUUCUUGCUUCAGUUGUGUUUGAACGCUUAACAUGUUGCUUUGCUUUGUCA